AUGCAGCUCACCAGCCUCUUCACCGUCCUGGCCGUUCCGGUCAUGGUCCUCGCUACCGCCGACCCGGCCACCUCCAACACGGAGGGCAAGUACCCGUCCUCUUACAACUGCGAUGCCUCCGUGGUAUCCACCUCGAUCCAGGCCGCUGAGUGCGCCUACAACACCCGGACCUCAGACCAGACCUUUGCCGUGUUCGAGACCGACCAUCAGUACGACGACGUCGAGGGCGCCCCGUACGGAACAUGCAGCGCCUACGCGUGCACCGCUCCCAGCGACUCCGACAUGGUGUCCGACUCAGACUACUGGACGUUCUUCUGGAGUGAUGCUGGUGAGUCCAGUGGUGUUGGCACGGACUGCAUCAAGGACCCUUCUACUGGAGAGUGUGGCUGCGAGGACUCGGAUGGGACCUUUAUCGCCGGCAGCUCUAGCUGCACCUAA